AUGAGUUACGGGCGUCCUCCCCCAGACGUGGAGGGAAUGACUUCCCUGAAGGUGGAUAACCUGACAUAUCGCACCUCGCCCGACACACUGCGACGAGUCUUUGACAAGUAUGGCCGGGUGGGCGAUGUCUACAUCCCCCGCGAUCGCUACACUAAAGAGUCCCGUGGCUUCGCCUUCGUGCGCUUCCACGACAAGCGAGACGCGGAAGAUGCUAUGGACGCCAUGGACGGCGCCGUGCUUGAUGGCCGGGAGCUGCGGGUGCAAAUGGCCCGCUAUGGCCGCCCGCCUGACCCCUACCACAGCCGCCGAGGACCGCCGCCCCGCAGGUACGGGGGAGGCGGCUACGGACGCCGGAGCCGCAGCCCUAGGCGGCGUCGCCGCAGCCGUUCUCGAAGCCGGAGUCGAUCCAGAUCCCGAAGCCGAUCUCGUUACAGCCGGUCCAAGUCUCGUUCUCUCACUCGAUCCAGAUCUCGAUCUACCUCCAAGUCUAGGUCGGCCCGUAGAUCCAAAUCCAAGUCCUCGUCGGUCUCCAGAUCCAGGUCCAGGUCCAGGUCCAGGUCCAGGUCCAGGUCCAGAAGUCCUCCACCAGUGUCGAAGAGGGAAUCAAAAUCUAGAUCUCUAUCCAAGAGUCCCCCCAAAUCUCAUGAAGAAGAAGGAGCUGUUUCAUCUUAGGAUCAUGAUACCGCAGAAAGCAACAUAAUGGAUGACUUGGAGGGGGGAAGACCACAUUCAGUCCAUUGAAGAGUCCCUGGAACAAGCAACUGGCUAUUGAAAAGAUUAUUUUGUAACAUUUUGUCUAACUUUUUAACUUGUUUUAAGCUAUCUCAGAUGGCAAACUUCAUUUUAUGUGCCCUUUUGUUGCUGUUAUUCAAAUUUCUUGUAAUUUAGUGAAGUGAACGACUACAGAUUUCAUUAUUGGCUUUGGAUAUUUGAGGUAAAUUUUUAUUUUUGUUUAUAUAGCGCUGAUUUUUUUUUGUUUGCUUGUUUAUUUGUUUGAAAUUAAACAGACUCCCUUAACCUAAUUUGUGGCCUCCUGAGUUUUGAGGAAA